AUGACAACGAUAACGACAUAUACUGUACCGCCCUCGCUGGACGAGAAGUACCCUCUCGUCUACGACAGCCCGGUGCGGGUUGAGCAGCGCUACUACCCGGAGAAUGAAUCGAUCGAAGCCUCAGCACCAGCCCCAGCACCAACGCCAGCAGCGCCCCAAGCCACUCAGAGCGCCUUGCUCCUCCACGGCAUCGGACAGCAAUAUACCCUCGUGACCGAUCAUGCCAUCCCGUCCGUCCUGGGGAAGGAAGAGAUCCUAGUCAAGAUCCAAGCGAUUGGCCUCAACCCCAUCGACUGGAAGGGCCCGGCGUAUAACUUCGGCAUCCCCGCCCUCCCCUGGAUCAACGGCCGCGACCUAGCCGGCGUGGUCGUCGCUGUGCGCGACGCCGCCCACCCGCGCAUCCGCGUCGGCGACCGCGUGCUCGUCCCCUCCACCGACUACCGGGACAUCCGCAAGGCCGCCUUCCAGCAGUACGCGGUCGCCACGCACUUCAACGCGGCGCGGAUCCCCGAGCAGACGGGCGUGCACGUCAGCGCGUCGCUGGGGGUGGCCUUCGUGGCCUCCACCCUUGCCUUGGGCGUGUCUCUGGGAUUGGACUUCUCGACGAUCGCCGCGUGUCCCGGCCCGGAUCUCGUGGAGGCCGUGCAGGCGAUCGAGGCAGCGGAGAUCCCGGCCGAUGUGCGCGAGGAGUGUUUCUCGGCGGUGCCGGCGCAGGAUCGCUUGCGGAGGGGCGAGUGGCUGGUUAUCUGGGGGGCAUCGACAACCACGGGGAUGAUCACUCUGCAACUGGCUAAGCUAGCCGGUUUGAAAGUGAUCUGCGUCGCCGACGUUGCCCGCCAUGGGGCGCGACUGCACGUCCUCGGGGCGGAUGUGCUGGUCGACCGACACGAUCCCGCCCGCGCGGUGGAGAUCAUCCGCGGGGUGACGGGGGGCCAGCUGCGGUACGCGAUCGAUAUUGUCGGGCGGGACACCGCGACGCUGCUGCAGGGGGUGUUGGAUGAGACUGUGCGCGAAGAUGGUUCGCAUGCGCAUCUCCUGGGGUUGACGGGGUUGCCCAAGGAGCGACGGGUCGGCAUCAAGUACCACACUGUGCCCAUCAAGCUGUUCCAUUCUUCGCUUGGGGUGGGAGAGAAGAUGGUCGCGUGGUUGGAGGCGUUGCUGGCGUCGAACACGCUGCUUGCGCCGGAGGUGGUGCGCCAUGCCGGCGGGCUGGAGGGGGUCAACGCGGCGCUGGAUACGCUGCGGCAGGGCAGUGUGUCGGGGAAGAGGAUCGUGGUGGACUUGGAGGGUUGA